AUGAGAACGUUCUUGUUGUUGCUUCUCUUCUGUCACGUUUCAUCACCAGGUAAGAUAGUGCUACACUCCCUGACACAGUUCACAACUGCAUCUACUGGAAUCCAAAACCUCCCAGAGUUUGUGGCAACACUAGAAGUGGAUGAACUUCUCAUGGGGUCCUGUGACAGCUACAAAAGGGUCGAUGUAAAACAGGACGUUGUUAAAUCAUUCUACAGAGAGCAUCCCGAGCUGUUGGAGUGGUACAAUAAAAAGUGUUUCCAUUGGUUGCAAGGUGCCUACAAAUCCUGCACCGACAGUUUGAUGCGCCUCUUCAACCAAAGUGGAGGUGUCCAUGUUUUACAAAGGGUGGACGGCCUUGAGUGGGAUGAUGAGACUGGACAGCUCAAAGGUAUCUCUCGGUUUGGUUAUGAUGGAGAAGACUUCAUGGCAUUGGAUCCGAAGACAUUUACAUGGAUCCCUCUUAGACCUGAGGCCGUCGCCACCACACUGAGCUGGAAUGCUGAUGCAGAUUUAAGAGAAAACUUUGUGAUUACGUUCACUCAGAUUUUUCCAUGGUUGCUCAAGAAGUAUGUGGAGUACGGGAGCAGCUUUGUGCUGAGAACAAAGCUUCCCUCAGUGUCUCUCCUCCAGAAGACUCCCUCCUCUCCAAUCAACUGCCUCGCUACAGGUUUCUACCCUCACAGAGCCUCACUCGUCUGGAGGAAAGAUGGAGAGGAGCUUCAUGAGGAGGUGGACCACGGAGAGAUCCUCCCCAACCACGAUGGAACCUUCCAGAUGAGUGUUGACCGGAACCUUUCAUCAGUCACACCUGAAGACUGGACGAGGUACGACUGUGUGUUUCAGCUCUCUGGUGUGAAGGAGGAAAUCAUGACCAAACUGGAGAAAGAUCGGAUCAGGACCAACUGGGAGAAGCACAUUUCUGUCGUCCCGGUCUCUGCUGCAGUGGUUGUUCUCGCUCUCGCUUUGAUCGGUGCUGCUGGAGUCAUCGUUUACAAAAAGAAGAAAGCUCCUGAAAACAACACAGAGCUCUCUGAGCAGCUGAAUCCAGAGACCUGAAUGACAAACACACUCAGUGACAAACUAUAAGUUAGUUUUUAAGGAGU